GCAAUUCAGCUCCGUUACCCAAACCGGAAGACCCUCUGGCCCGGAGGAAUGGCAUGAGGCAUGAGCCCGGGACCCCCUGGAAGUGGCCGCCAUGCUCCCGCGAGGACUGCAGCCUUGUGGGAGGCUGUGCCGCUGGUCCAGCCCCUUCCUGCAGCUCCUUGCCUUGACGGUGGUGACGUUUGGCGUGCUGGCGCCCCUGACCUGCCAACGCCUCCUCCACUCUUACUACUACCUGCGGCACUGGUACCUGAGCCCCAUGAGCCAAGACUUCCUCCAGCAGAACCAGGAGGACGGCCUGAGCGCCCUCCGCUACUUUGAGGGGCUGCGGGCGCACAACGCCUCUAAGCUGGCGCCCGGCGAGGCCCACCGGACGGGCUUGCUCAUCACCAUCAUCACUGUGCAGCGGCGCCCCGAGUUCCACUAUGUCCUCCAGGUGGCGUCCCGCUUCCACCGCCUGCUCCGGCAGUGCGGGGCCCCUUGCCGGCGCCACCGGAUCCUGCUCUGCAACGUGGAGGCCGACCCCGGCAGCCACACGGACGCCCAGCUGCUGGCCGGCUUCUUUGGCGUGGCGAACCGCUACGGCAGCCGGCAGGCUCCGGAGCCGUCGCUGAACAGUUUUGAGAAGGAGAAGCGGGAUUACGCCUAUUGCCUGGAGGAGUCGCUGCGGGGCCACGACCCGGAGCACGUGCUGCUGGUGGAAGACGACGCCGUCCCGGAGGAGGAGAUCUUCCGUGUGUUGCACCACCUCUUACAGGUCCGCUUCUCCAAGCCCCACCUCCGAGACGCCCUCUACGUGAAGCUCUACCACCCCGAGAGACUGCAGCGCUACCUCAACCCGGAGCCCAUGAGGAUUCUGGAGUGGCUCGGAGUGGGCAUGCUGGGCGGCUCUCUGCUGGGGUUCGCAUAUGCCUGUGCGGCCGGCCGCCCUGUCCCCAGCUGGCCCGUCGCCCUGUUUUUUGCCCUGUACAGCAUGCUGCUGGUGGAGCUGGUGGGGCGUCACUACCUCCUGGAGCUGCGCCGCCUGGCCCCCGCCCUCUACAACGUCGUGCCUGCCACCGAGUGCUGCACCCCGGCCAUGCUGUUCUCCGCCCCUUCUGCCCGCCGCGCGCUGGGCUACCUGAAGAAGUUGCGCUGCCGGUCGGGUUUCGCCAAAGACACAGCCCUGUACUCUCUGCUGCGCACCAAGGGCGAGCGGGCCUUCGUGGUGGAGCCCAACCUGGUCAGGCACGUGGUGUUUUCAAGUCUCAGGGUAAACAACGAUCCCAAGCUGCUUUGACUCCUCAGGUGUACAAAGAGCUGGAGUGGAGGGACCGGGUGAGGUCUGUUCCCAGAUUGCCGGGGCGGGGGCUGAAGGCUUCCCAUGAAAUGCGCGAGACAAACAGGUUGAGGAAAAUGCUGUAGAUGAGCUUUCCCCCACCCCUAAGAUGCUAGUUUUCUACGGGUUGGGAGGGCAUAUGGCCUGAUUAGUCCCUCUCCCCAUGCCUCCAUAAUCAUGGUGGCUGCGGUGGUGGUGAUGAUUAUGGCAAUGGUGAUGUACCCCCACCUUUUCCCCUGGCAGCUCAACGCAGCUUUGGCCAUCCCAUAUUGGGUCUGGUGUGGGGCAAGUAAUGACGGGGCUGGGUUAGUGGGGAGUGGGGUUGCAGGCGCCACCGAUAAGCUGACUAGCAGCACCUGCAAAGCCCCAUGCAUGGGGCAAGCGCCAACACUCAGCUGGUUGGUGGUGGUUGCAGAGAAUCCUGCAGGUUGCUUUGAAGGCCCGAUGAUUGGCCACUUGCCGGGGCUUCAAAGCACCAUGCACCAAGGUGGUGAAGAUGGAUAGCCUGAUGUCAUUUUGACAUCGAGUGAUGUCAGGCGAUAGGGUGGCCCGGCACACCUAUGAAACUUGGCCGGGGUGGGGGAGGUAAGGAUCCAACCCGCCAGCUGGAUCCAAUCCCCAUCCUUGAUGCAAGGCGAAAAGGGGGAGAUGCACGAGGAAUCAGAAAUAGUGCAGUCCAGCAAUAGCUGUGUCACAUGGUGCUUCUGCUGGUUUUUUGGUGCUCUCAGCAGAUAAAUAAUAGGACAGCACAAAGCUCGACAAUGGGAUGAAGAUUGCAAAGGUGGUACUUUUUAUAAUAGCUUUAUAUCCUCUACAAUAAACUAUUUUUUAAAAGACACUUUCCCUUCAAUGAGAAUUCCUAUUGUCUUUUUAGAAGACAGAACUAUUUUGUAAACAGCUUUA